AUGGGGCUCAUUGAUGGUGUCAUGACAAUGCUCGGCUGGGGCCCAACGCAGGUCGAACCCCAGCGCGUGCCCACCGACGAGGUGCUGCCCGUGCACCAUUUCGAUGACAACGCGAUAAACCGCUCCAUCAUACUCGCAUGGACUCUGCGCUUCAAUGACGUUCUUGACGCUGACAAGCUCCACGAUGGGUUGUCACGCUUGCUGGAGAUUGGCGACUGGCGAAAGCUUGGAGGAAGAAUUAGAAAAGGGCCCAACGACAAGCUCGAGAUUCACGUCCCCUCAGAAUUUACACCAGACAGGCCUGCAGUGAGGUUCACCAAGGAGAGCUUUGGUGUCUCAUUCGCCGAGCAUCCACUUGCCUCACAAAUGCCCAAUGCGACGAGUGGCAUCCACAUUCACGGCAGCCCUGAGCGAUUCCGGGAGUUCAUUGGAUCCGCGGACACGACACCUGGCAGCAUUGAUGAUUACUUGAACAGCGAUAGCCCUCAGCUUGGCCUCCAUGUAGUGACCUUCCUUGAUGCCACCCUGGUCUCACUCAACUGGCCGCACACCAUGACGGAUGGCCUGGGCAGACUGGCGAUCGUCAAGAACUGGUCCAAGGUCCUCGCCGGGAAGGAAGACGAAGUUGCUCCUCUGAAGGGCCCGCUCGAUGAUCCCAUGGCGACCGUAGGGACCGGCCCGCUGCAUGAGAAGGAGGAGCCGUAUGCCUUCAAGGACAAGAAUCUUAGCGGCAUCGGCAUGGCGAACUUUAUGGCGCACGUCAUCUGGGACAAGUUCUGGGUGCCCGAGCACGAGCUAAAGGUGGUCUUCAUCCCGGCAAAGGCCAUGGCGGUUCUAAGGAAGCAAGCAGCAGACGACCUGUCAACAACGAACGCCGACGGACAGGGCGCGAUACGCUUCGCCCGCGAGCUCGGGAACAAGCCGGCCCUGCUGGUCCCGCCCACCAGCAUCACGCUGGUCUGCAGCAAUUGGUCCAAGGGCAAGUUCUUCGACGCCGUCGACUUUGCCCCUGCCGUCGUCAGGCCGGGCCCGAAGAGCGACGUCGCCCCCGUCCCUGGGAAGCCGGUGUACUUCCAAGCCAUAAGCACCAAGCAGGACCCGCCCAUGCUGAGGAACGUGUACAACGUGCUGGGCAAGGACUGCGGGGGGGAUUACUGGGUCACGGCGAAGCUGCCUCCAGUGGUCUGGCAGAACAUCGAUAAGGAGAUCGCAAAGGUCCAAUUCUGA